AUGGAGGGCGAGCAGGUUCUUCUGAAGAUUUCACCCAUGAAGGGUGUUAUGCGAUUUGGGAAGAGGUGCAAGUUGAGCUCGAGGUACCUUGGCCCAUUUGAGGUUCUCCGUCGAGUUGGAGAUGUUGCUUAUGAUUUGGCUUUGCAACCGGGUUUGUCAGGUGUUCAUCUGGUUUUCCACGUAUCUAUGUUGAAGAAGUACCAUUCUGAUGGUUCUUAUAUCGUUCGUUGGGAUUCUGUGUUGCUUGAUGAGAAUCUGUCUUACGAGGAGGAGCCUAUAACUAUUCUAGAUAGGCAGGUUAGGAAGCUGAGGUGUAAUUGCUUCUGUUAA